CGCCAAGCCCCGCCCCUCUAGCUUCCCCACGUCCGCCAGCCCACGACGUGAACCACGUCCACGACGCCUGGACGAGACAGCAGCAGCGAGCACCGACACGAUGAAUCCGUGCGUCGAAGAGGUCAGCGACUCGGACAGCGAGCCGGCCGAGAUGGACAUUGACGACGUGCCCGCUCUGAUCAACGCCAGCAACAUGCCCGCCGCCGCCAGCUCGUCCAUGCCCACGCAGAUGCUGCAGCCGCAGGGGCCCUCGAUCAAGACGACGACGGACCGCGAGCAGUCCAAGCACUACCAGUGUCUGUACCCCAUAUACUUUGACAUAUCGCGCACCAGGGCCGAGGGCCGCCGCGUGGGCAAGAGCCUUGCCGUCGAGAAUCCUCUGGCGCGCGAGAUGGCCGACGCCGCCGCCGACCUCGGCCUGCGCACCGUUUUUGAGCCCGACAAAACACAUCCCAAGGACUGGAGCAAUCCUGGAAGGGUGCGCGUCCUCCUCAAGCACGAGGGCAAGACGAUGAGCCAAUUGGUCAAGAACAAGCACCACCUCUAUAUCCUCAUGUCCCAGGCCCUCAAGGCGAACCCGACCCAGAAGAACACGCCCUUCCGGUUGCCCAUUGCAGGCCUGCCCAUGCCCAAGGAGAUGCCAGAGCCGGCGAUACCCAAGGGCUGGAAGCUGAACAAGAUCCUUCCCCUGCACUCCCCCGCCCUGACGGGAGGCGGCAUCAGCGAGAACUUCUUGCAGGACAUGAUGGCAGAAAUGGCCGGCGAGGCUGGCGGCAGCGGGGCAAGCAGCGGGGCAGAAACGAAAAAGAAGAUCAAGGACAAAAAGAAAAAAUGAUCACCCGCGCGCGGCAAUUGUCACCUAGACGCCAUGGCGUCCGUCGCCAGUCCCCCACAUCAGUGGACCGGCAACAGUUCUACGAGGCCACGCCGCCGCCAUGCAGCGUUGGUGCUGUCACACCCGACGACAGGUACCUCAGCCACACGUUUAGAACUCACAGCAUGCAUCGCCAAGGCCUUGCAUGGUGACAUCUGCGAUAUACCAGCAUCUUC